AUGCGUGAGGCAAUCUGCAUCCACAUCGGUCAGGGCGGCGUGCAGAUCGGCAAUGCUUGCUGGGAGCUCUUCUGCCUCGAGCACGGCAUCCAGCCGGACGGCCAGAUGCCAUCCGACAAGACGAUUGGUGGAGGAGAUGACGCGUUUAAUACCUUCUUCAGUGAGACCGGGGCGGGCAAGCACGUGCCACGCUGCGUGAUGGUGGACUUGGAACCGACGGUCGUGGAUGAGGUGCGUACAGGCACGUAUCGCCAGCUGUUCCACCCGGAGCAGCUCAUUUCCGGAAAGGAAGAUGCGGCAAAUAAUUUCGCGCGUGGACAUUACACCAUCGGCAAAGAGAUUGUGGACCUGGUAUUGGACCGCAUCAGGAAGCUUGCUGACAACUGCACAGGACUCCAAGGAUUCUGCGUCUACAACGCAUGCGGCGGCGGAACAGGAUCAGGUCUUGGCUGCCUCAUGCUCGAGAGGCUGUCCGUGGAUUAUGGCAAGAAGAGCAAGAUUUCCUUCACCGUGUGGUGCUGCCCUCAGGUGGCCACUGCAGUGGUC